AUGCUCGUAUCAACUGAUCUCCUCUACCGUGCCCUUGCGGCGCUGAAACAACUAGACACUACACCAACCAAUCUCGUCAUAGGCCUGCUGCAGAAUUCAGAGCUAAAUAAUGACGCCGCAACAAAUGAAUUGGUAUGCAAUGCAACAAGGAUUAUGGACAGCCUACAAGCUCAUGGAAGUGCGGCAUCGGAAAUGCUACAAUGGGCCCACGAAAGCUUGAAGCGAACAUAUGGAAAUGAGAUCCGCAAGCUUGCGCAGAAGAGCACUGGCUUGCAUUUCACGGUUUCCAAGGCAUCCGUCUUGCAGCUGAAGGGCUUUGACGUUGCAGACAUCGCGGGCCGCAUGCGCAUGCUAGCGCCUCACUUGUGGGAUCUUGUUGGAGUACUACUAUCCGCUGAACAUGUCCUAGAGCUUCGGAGGAAGCAGAGAGCGAGAGCGAAGGCGGGUGAUGAGGUGCCGGACGAGGACGUCGAGAUGCAGUCUGCUUCUGAUGACGAAGACGACUUAUGGCGUCAAUUUGAUAGCCCGGAUAGUGCGACAGAAGGGGGAAACACCGCUGAGGAGCACGAUGAGUACAAGGAAGCGGAGCGGCGAGAAGCCAUACUUACAAUGCGCUGCAAUGCAAUCCAGAGCAUGAUCGGCAUUUACUCACAUGCCUGCAACUCUCCGGAAGCCAUGAUAGACCUUCUUUCGCGGAUUGGGAUCUCAAUUUCUCCCGACACGAUAAAUCAUGCUGUGCGUAGCUUGUCGAAGGAAGCGGCACAUGAGAUCAAGGCCCUGGGCCGUACAUUACUGGCAUCUUAUGCCUAUGAUAACUUUGAUGUCGAGAUGAAGCACUCAGUACCGACCGUAGAGAAACCACAAGAUAACUCACUCCAUUUCACAUCCGGCACUCUACUCCGACUCGAGCACGGUGUCACGAGGAAGGACUUGGAUUGUUCCGAGGAGCUCUGGAAGAGCUCUAGGCUUAACCCUGCCAAUUGGAGAUUACCACAUACCUUCGACUGGAAGAAGUUGAUGCGAAUCCACCCGCAAACCGACCCUGCGGAGCAUCCAACCAGGUUGACGAGAAGGCAGCGGUUUAACUGCUGGAAGUUCUUGCAUGACUUGAUUCACCACGGGCCGGAGUACUUUCGCAGGUUCGCGCGAGACCUCGAGGACCCUGAAACCAUUAUCCAGAUCCCUGAAACGAAGUCGCAGCAGGUUCCUGCUCGCGCAAUGGAUCUAAAUCAGUCGACAGUUCAAGGGAACGCUUCGGCACUCAACAAUCUGUUUGAGCAAGCUGGUAUCGCUGGCGAUACGGCCCAGGACCCACCAGCCAAAGCUGCCGUCGACAUUGGUAACCACGUCGUGCUCGUUCACGGUGAUCUAUCCACAUGCGAGCGGGUCCAGAGUCUUCAAGAGUCUCGUAGUGAGGAGAAGACACCAUGGCGCCGUUUCCAAUUCAUAGUCUUCAUCAUCGGGCUUUUCCACUUGAAGAUGGCAGCGGCAGAUGCCAUCUGGAAGAUCUUCAUCCAGCCGAAAUCUGCGAGAGAAGAUGAUACAAGCUUGAUGAAGACUGUAGCGCAAAUCAGACCCAAAGAAACCUUAAAGAUAGGAAGCAAACCUGGAUUCAGGAGGAUGCAUGAGAUCAUCCAGCAUGUGGGCAUCGUCUCGCGGCUUGACUGCUGGAAGCAGGCAGUCACAAACUGGUUACCCACGUUCAAUACCUUUGAAACAUGGGUCGAAUCGAAGCCGGAAUGGGAGGAUGUGAAACAACUGGCGGUCCGCAUCAUUGAAUCCGGCAAAUAUGUCGCAGAUGACAAGUUCCCGUCCCUCCGGGAAGAGAGUGAAACGUCCCGAGACCAACAGUACGAAAAUGUGGCACUGCGUGAGCAAUACUUCCUGCUAUACGAAGAACUGACUUACGGGAUGAAUUGCGGUGAUAUCGGGCGGGUCGAGGACUGUUUUAUGCCAUGGGCAUUCAUAUUCCGUGGUUGCGGGAAGCAUAAAUAUGCAACACAGCUAACGAAACACACUAUACAGAUGAACAUUUUAUGCAAUCCAACCGGCAAGAAAAAGGCCUUCCGCGCAAUCGACUGGCUGGUCGAACAUAAUAAUCUUUAUAUAAAGGUAAAUUAUACCCAUUCACUACAAUUGUCCGCUACAAAAUGGUUUUCUUGCAGAGGAUUUAUGGCGGCCGCUUCUCGAAUCACACAGAGGAGAGAAUAUUUCAGGAAUCUGCUUUGA